ACUGCUUAACGUCUAACGAAUUUUUGAUUGUAUAUAUUCGAUUCUAUCCGAUCAACCCCCAAACAUGUUGGCCAAGGCUACACUUGUUGCGGCGCUUAUUGCGUACGCUGAUGCCCGCUUCGGGCAAGAACAAGUUCCUAUUUCUGCCAUAUCGGCAGUUCAGGGUGGGAAUCCGGGUGAGGCUGCUACGAUUGCGGGUGCCGCCGUUAGCGAUCUUUUGGGUGCUGCGAAUGCUUGCGACAAGCUUGUCCGCGCCGACCAAAUCAUCACUCAACUCGGCAACGGCGCCGAUGCCGUCGCCGCAGCCAUUGGUAUGGUCACUGCUGAAAAGAACAGCAAUCCGUUCGCAAACGGCAAUGCGCAGAAGGUCUGCUCCGAUGCGACACUCCCAGCUUCUGCAGAGCUCAGGGGUAUUACUCCCUUGAUCGACCCCGCUGUCGAUACUAGCGGUGGUGUGGCUGCUUUGAGCGCUCAGACUGCUGGGGCUCCGCUCGACGCUACAGGCAAGAGUGUGUUUGAUUUGCUUGUAGAUGCCGGCUUUGGAGAUAUUGUAGUUGGUGAGGAUGCUGCCGGGAAUGCGGCCGCGGGUGGAAACGCUGGCAAUGCUGGAAACGCUGGCAAUGCUGGAAAUACUGGAAACGCUGGCAACGCUGGAAAUGCGAAUGCCGGCCAGGCGGCCAACAACGCGACUGACAACGCUAACAAUGACGAAGUCGCCGGUAACGCAGGGAACGCCUCUAACGGCGGAAAUGCUGGCAAUGCUGGCAACGCUGGCAAUGCAAAUGCAGGUCAAGCCGCAGCCGGCAACGGCGCCGUCCAACAGUCUACCAUUGCUGGUCUCGACUUUGGUCUCUGUAUCCCGACUAUCAUCUUUGAGGGCGGACUAGGCGGGCGCCCUGCCACAGAAUUCACCUUCCAGAUGGCCGAUCCUCUCGCCGCGAAGGGACAGCAGGAAGCGUUGAACCCCAACAUCAUCACCAACCGUAUGUGCGAUCAGCUUACAAAUGUGUGUGAAGCCAACGAUGCCGCGAAGAGCGCUUGUCUCGACGCGAAAGCUAAGAUAUCUGCUCUUGGUACCAGGGACAAGACUACCGCGGAUACCUGGAACACUUUGUUGGGCUUUGACGGGUUUGUGACCAACCCUGAUGGAGGUGCUGCCGAACCCGCGGCUGCCAAGCGGGCGCUGAAGUUUAGGGCGUAA